AUGACGUCUUCGAAGGACAAGGGUAAGAGAGUCCAAGCGAUGGAUAACGGUACCACACAGAACUACAAGAUGAGGUUUCUGAAGCCAGUAAUAAGGCCAUCAAUGUUCAAACUGUCAUUACCUAUAACUCCCGAUGAGCUACCAAACCGUACCCCCUACCUGGACCUGGUUGUGCCUGACGGAAGGAAUAACCCCUGUCGGUGCUUCUGGACGCAACUCCAAAGUGGCAAAAUUGCAUUGACUCGAGGCUGGGAGGAGUUCUAUCAGAUGUACAAAAUCAAUCUGGACUCCAUGCUAUAUUUCACACACAAAGGAAACUCCAAUUUCCAAGUUCGGAUUUUUGAUUUUGGUGGCAUUGAGAAUUCAUACCAACUCUGUGAUCCUGAAGAACCACCAUAUGUAAGGACUGGUAAUUAUGAAAUUGCAAAGUGUAUCAACAUCCCUCCUUCAGCAAGUGCUAGAGCGGUUGCCGCAAAGGUCAAAAGCAAGUGGCCUUUUUUUGUGAUGGACCUAACUGCUCGCAUGAUGUCGUCGCGAUUGUUGCCGAACGUCCCUCAUCUCAGUCACUUCACUGGUCAGAGGCACCCUAUCAUCCUUACACAUGGCCACAUACAGGUCAAAGCUACAUAUACAAGGUAUAGUGGAAAAAGGGAUGGUAGCUUUGGCGUUAUUUCUGGAGGAUGGGAGAACUUUGCUUCAUUGUGCAACUUCGAGCCAGGUGGUGUGGGGGUCUUCGAGGUGAUAUCAAAGGAGCCAGUGACGAUCAUCCAGAUUAAAGGAUACAGAUUGAAUGGGAUGUUGACAAGUGGCGAGGAUGGUGGAUGCAGGGGACAUGCUUGGCAGAGCUCUGCAAGCUUGCCUGCCAAUUUUGUUGAUGGGGGAGCCGGCUGA